AUUUAAAAUAUUUUGGAUGACUGAGCAAAAUUAACGAAAUGUAUUAGUUGCAAAAUACAUCAAACUUGUAAAGGAAGUUGAGGAGAAGGAAAGACAUGUGAGGGAAUGUAAAUUUACAUAGUAAUGAUUAGUGAGGACAUAAACAAAAUAAAAGAAGAUUGAGUUUGAAAAAUUUGAGGAUAAUAUCAAAAGUUUAAAUAUAAGAGGACAAGCAGUUGGAGAAAUAUUAAUGAAAAUAAAUGAUGAAAAAUGUAAUAGAUAAAUCUCAAUUAAGAUAUUUCAAAAUUGAAUAGUGGUCCUAGAUAUGUAGUAGGUGCCAAGCCAAAACUUGAUAGAGAGAAGUUGGUAGUUGGAACAAGAAUUGCACUUGACUAAGAAACAUACACAAUAGUUAGAAUAUUACCAAGAGAAGUAGAUCCUCAAGUGUUCCAUAUGGCUCACGAAGACCCAGGAAAGGUUAAAUUUGAUGAAAUUGGAGGUUUAAACGAUCAACUUCGAGUUUUAAGAGAAGUAUCUAUAAUAGUAGAUUGUAGACAAUUGAAUUGCCAAUAACUAAUCCUGAAUUAUUCAAGAGAGUGGGUGUGAAACCACCUAAAGGAUGUUUAAUGUAUGGUCCUCCAGGUACUGGUAAGACUUUAAUUGCGAGGUAUAAUCAUAAGAUAAAAUGUAGAGCAUUAGCUUGCAAUGUCCAGGCAAAAUUCUUGAAAAUUGUUGCAUCUAGUAUUGUAGACAAGUACAUUGGAGAGAGUGCUAGAGUGAUAAGAGAAAUGUUUACUUACGCUAAGGAGAAUUAGCCUUGCAUUAUAUUUAUGGAUGAAAUCGAUGCUAUUGGAGGAAGGAGAUUUAGUGAUGGAACAUCUGCAGAUAGAGAAAUACAAAGAACUCUUAUGGAAUUGCUAAAUCAAUUAGAUGGUUUUGAUGAUUUGGGUAAGGUCAAAGUAGUUAUGGCUACAAACAGACCAGAUAUUUUGGAUCCAGCACUUUUAAGACCUGGUAGAUUGGAUAGAAGUAUUGAUAUGAUAUUUAACCAUUAGAGGUGGAAAUUCCAUUGCCUAAUGAAUAAGCUAGAUAUGAUAUUUUGAAGAUUCAUUCAAGAACCAUUACAACCAAAGGAGAAGUGGAUUUUGAAUAGUUAGCAAAGUUGUGUGAAGAAUUCAAUGGAGCUGAUCUAAGGAAUGUUUGUACUGAAGCAGGUAUAUAAAUAUUAUAAUAUUAAAAGGUAUGUUUGCCAUUAGAGCAGAUAGAGACUAUGUUAUUGAGGAGGAUUAUUUCAAAGCAGGAAGAAAAAUAAAAGACGCCAAAAAAUUAGAAUCUAAACUAGAGUAUUAAAAGGUUUGAUUAAUAAUAUAUAUAUAUAUAAAUUUAAAGAUGUAAACCUCGCUAUUUCAAGAAAUCGAAGAGUUCACUUAAUGCUCGAAUUGGAUUGAAAAUUAAGACUCUGCUGGUUCUACUAAUAAUGAUCUUUUCCUAUUUGGUUAUAGUAUUUUAUUUUGUAAAUUCUAUUUCAACAGGAUCGAAGCUCCUCUUUUCAACAGAGACAGAUUCCUCCUCCACCGAAUAGUUCGAGGCGUUUUCUGCCAUUUUUAACCAAGCUCCAGAGAAAUGCUCAAGUGAAAACGAGAACACUCAAAAUUAGUUCAAUAUUUCGCUCCAAACUGUAAUAUAAAUUUAGAGAUUAGAUUGUCAAUGAUAAACGAACUACCUUAAUGAUUCGAAACAUUCCCAGUAAUUAUACUGUGAAAAGAUUGCAAAAUGAGAUAGAUUUCAAGUUUUCAUCGAAAUACGAUUAUCUAAAUAUACCUUGUCAUUUGGAAGGAGGUUUUGCUUUUAUUAAUCUUAAAAACAAAAAAUUUCUGCAUGAAUUUUUCACAGCCUUCAACAAUCGACCUUGGAACUUCAAUAAAAAUUAGGUGAAUAAAUCUACUAUAUUAGUGUUGUGUAUUAAAAUAUGCAAAAGUAUAGUAUAAUGA